UGCGUAUAUUUCAAGUGAAAAAAAUAGCUUGAAAACUAGCCGUCUGUCAUUAAAUGACAACAAACACUUAAUUGAAGAAUCCCUACUGUUGACCAAUUGCAGAACUUCAACUUACCUCAAGAAUGUGUGCUUCAACAGCCCACAAAAAAACGUUAAAUACCAAAACGAACAAAAAUUACACAAAAUGUUGUCAUAAUAUUUGCGCAAACUGUUUUGACUGGGAAGCAUAUGGUAAGCAUAAGGUAAUAAUAACUUCGCUCAAUUCUGUGUCCAGCUGCCACCUAGUGGUGAAUUCUGGUAAUGUAAGUGCCCCUGGCGAUGUAGUAGUGACACAUGAGAUACUGAGAGGGAGAAAAGAAAAGCCCCUCACCUCUGGAGUAGAUCCAGAACAAACCAGACCCUUUCCCUCAAGGGAAAAUAAAAUGAUGGAAGAGAGAAUGGGGAGGAGACAGGAAAGGAGGAACACAGAGUAUAAAUUAGGAGUCAUUUUGUAAGCUGUGCAUUCACCCUGAGGUAUCUUACUCAGAGAGAGCAGGAGACACCGAAACCGUGCACCGAGACCUGGCCCCAUUCGGAGGGUUCUGUACAGGCCGGUGGCAAACUGGUAUGCGACAGAAACGGUGAUGAGAUCCAACCAACAUUGAAACCUCAGCUGCAAUUAAUAAGAUGGAGCUGCCACCUCGACCAAAACUCUUUGACUUCCAUGGAGUCUCCAUGAUCCACCAUUUCACUGACAACUGGGAGAACAUACGAAACUUCCAGGCCAGGCCAGAUGAUAUCCUCAUCGCCACUUACCCCAAAGCAGGUACCACAUGGGUGUCCUACAUUCUAGACCUGCUGUAUUUUGGUCAGACAGCCCCUGAGCGUCAGACUUCACUGCCUAUCUAUGAGAGGGUGCCUUUCCUGGAGAGUGACUUCCAUAUUAUCCCUCCAGAACCAGAUCCUCACCCCUCUGUACACACAGGAACAGAGCUGGCAGACAAGUUAUCCACCUCUCCUCGCCUCAUCAAGACUCACCUCCCAGUCCAGUUGGUGCCCAAGUCCUUCUGGGAGCAGAACUGCAGGAUAGUGUAUGUGGCCCGUAAUGCCAAGGACAAUGCAGUGUCUUAUUUCCACUUUGACCGUAUGAACCAGGCCCAUCCAGAGCCAGGAGACUGGAACAACUUCUUACAGAGAUUCAUGGAUGGAAAGAUGGUGUUUGGUUCCUGGUACGACCAUGUAACUGGCUGGUGGGAGAGGAAACAGACUCACUCAAAACUCCACUACGUUUUCUAUGAGGAUAUGGUUGAGGAUACGAGGAGAGAGCUGGACAGGCUGUGCUCCUUCCUAGGUUUGUCUCCUUCAGCAGAGGAGAAGGAGAGGGUGAGAGGCGGAGUGCAGUUUGAUACUAUGAAGAAGAACAGCAUGGCCAACUAUUCCACCCUCCCAAUCAUGGAUAUCAAGAUCUCUCCAUUCAUGCGAAAAGGAAAGGUUGGUGACUGGAAGAACCAUUUCACUGUGGCCCAGAGUGAACAGUUUGAUGGAGACUAUAAGAAGAAGAUGAAGAACACCACCGUACAGUUCCGCACUGUAGUCUAGGGGUUGUGAUCAGGUUGACUGGUACAUAUGCAUCUCAGCUCUGCUGGAGUCAUGGUGCUGAAAUGUACAAUAUGCUGAUACCAUCUUUACUGUAUAAAUAAGAGAGCUAAUGAUGUCUUAGUUUUUUAUAUGCUUUUGUAUGUGUGCAUGUCACAGAAUAUUGUGGAAUUCAACUAAAGAAAAAUAGCAGUGCAAAUAUCACAUCUGUUGUUAAAGCUGGCUUCAAAUUCAUACAGGUGAUUACAUUAAGAAAUUAGAAACGCUUACUAAUCACAAAGCUAUAAUUCUGAUUUAAAGUGUGACACAACCUAGAGACCUUUUGGUUAUAACCAGCAUGUUAGACAUUGUCAAGCUCUCCAUCUACUAAGCCUUUUAUUGUUCCAGGAGGCUGUUGCCAUAGUGAUAACCAAAACAGUAGACAGCAAAGACAAUUACAACAAGUGCAAUGAGGAAUACAAAGGCUUCACCCACUGGCACUGUAGAUGAUUCAGGAUCAUUUGGUAUCUUAGAUGAUGCUGAAUCAAUUGACUUAGAUGACGCUGGAACAUUUGCCUUCUUAGAUGAUGCUGGAUCAAAUGCUGGAUUAAAUGCUGUUAGAUUCUCAGGCAUCAUCCAUGUUCCUCCAUCCCUAAACCAGGGCUGAUCUCUUUCACUCAUCACUGCCACAAUUUUUGUGUCCAUCAUGCUCACCGAUGGGUGUGGCAAUUGGAUUGACAACAACUGUGACCCUGAGAACCCAACCGAUUGAGUACAAUACAGAACCUGGCACCCAUUGCUAAUAGCAGCGAGGUGCUGGCUGAACUGUGGGGGACAGCGCUUUUGUCCCUCUGCCAAUUGACUGACUUGCAGCUGAAAAAUCUCCCAAAUGGUACUGAAAAUGUAGCAGCAGUCUCAUUACUGCUUAGGCAAAUCUUCAGGCCGUUGGACAGCAACUUCAGAGGGGACACGUUUGGGGGCAGCUCCUGGCUUUGGUUUGGGGAUUUGGAAGAGAUGGGCUGAAAAGCCCUCCAAAGUAGAGGGCUGAUAUAGAUACUAUGCAUGCCAGUCUCUCUUGGCUAAGAGUGACUACAUCACUUCUUCUUUUCAUAAGAAACAUUCCAAAUUGUUUGCAUAGUCAAAUUACACACAGCUCUGACACACACACUUACCCCACCAGACAUACCACCAGGGUUCUUUUCACAGUCCCCAAAUCCAGAACAAAUUCAAGAAGGCGUACAGUAUUACAUAAAGCCAUUAUUGCAUGGAAGUCCAUUCCAUCUCAUAUUGCUCAAAUAAACCGCAAACCUGGUUUCAAAAAACAGAUAAAGCAACACCUCACAGCACAAUGCCUCUCCACUCUUUGACCUAGAUCAGGGCUGCCCAAACCUCUUCCUGGAGAUCUACUGUCCUGUCGGUUUUCAGUCCAACCCUAAUUUAGCGGUUCUGAUUCAGCUUGUUAAGGCCUUGUUGAGCAGCUAAUUAGUAGGAUCAAGUGUGUUAAAUUAGGGUUGGACUGAAAACCCACAGAACGGUAGAUCUCCAGGAAGAGGGUUGGGCAGCCCUGACUUAGAUAGUUUGUGCGUAUGCAUUGAUAUGUAGGCUGUGUCAUUUUGAUAAUGUUUUACAUAGUUCUGUCCUCUGUAUUAUUUCAUGUUUUAUGUUUACCCCAGGAAGAGUAGCUGCUGCUUUUCCAACAGCUAAUGGGGAUCCUAAUAAAAUACCAAAUAUUACGCUCAUUUUGAUUGGAGCCCUCAUUUCGUACCUCAGACCAUAAAAGAGUUGAGUUGUACGGGUGACGGCAUGUGUAAGAAUCCCUGUCUGGGUACUCCUGGGCCAGGGAUUUUACAGAGUGGUUCUGCAUCAUCAAUGAGUUCAGGGCAAAUUUGGUACUUGCCACCUGUCAUGACUGGCAUGUUCGGGUCAGGUUACUGUGGAUCACAGUCCUACAGAGAGAUCUCUCACCACCGCAGAGGGGGAGAGGUAUAGAGGGAUUGAUGGGGGGGUUAAGACACCACACUCCCAUUUUAAAUCGUAAGACAGUAGACACAUCUUUUGUCCUCUCAGUGUGGAGGAUUGGAAUGUGCCCCAGAGAAUUUGCCAUAAAGACGGAAACACCCCUUUGUGACCCGGGGGUAUAAAACAUGCGAGUUAAGAAUUUACAUAUCACACUAAAAUGGACCACAGCUGCAUUGUGAUCUAAUAUAGUCGCGGCCCCACAAACGCAACACGAGGAAGAGGACAAAGGAACCUCUUAACUUGUUAUGGCUGCAAUCCCACUAACGGGAAUGAUAUGACAACUACCAGUGAAAAUAGAGGGCGCCAAAUUCAAACCACAGAAAUCUCAUA